AUGGCAAAUGAAAACAUUUACAAUUUAACAAACGAUUUCGUUAUCGUUUGGUUAGAUAAUAGCAUUGAAAAGACUCAAGAUGGUCGAAAUACAAAAGCACUAUUACGACAACUAGCUAGAGGUCAUUUAUUAACAUAUGAUGAUUUAGAUAAAUGUAUUGAUGAUAUAACCGACGAACCGCCAACAAAACAAAUAUUUUUGAUUGUGUCUAAUACAUUUGGUCAACAUGUUGUACCACUUAUAUCUGAAAUAUUAUCUAUACAAGGCAUAUACAUAUUUUGUGGUGAUCAAAAAAAAGCUCAAGCAUGGGCUGCACCAUAUUCAAAAAUCUCCGGUAUAUUUACAACAAAAUAUCCACUAUUAAAUAAAAUUGGUAAUGAUAUUGGUGUAUAUGAUAAAGAUGAAGAUUUCCCAAUGAAUGUAUUUCAUCUUGCAGAACGACAACAUACAUUACAACAAUUAACUAAAGAAAGUAGAACAUUUAUGUGGUAUAGAUUAAUAUUGAAAGUUCUUCGAUUAAUGGCAAAAUAUGGUAAUUCAAAACAUGAAAUGAUUGCUGAAUCUCGAGCAGCUUCUCAUGAUAAUGAAUCUGUAAAAAAGAAAAUAGAUGAUUUUGAGAAAAAUUAUGAUUCAACGAGAGCAUGUUGGUGGUAUACAAAAGAUAGUUUUGUAUAUCGAUUAUUAAACAAAGCUUUACGUACACAAAAUAUUGAAAUUAUAUUUAAAUUUCGAUUUUUUAUCAAUGAUCUUCAACAUCAAAUCGAAGAACUUUAUCAACGAUAUUUAGAAGCUCAUUCUGCUAUUAUUACUCAUCAUCAUUUAACAGUUUAUCGUGGUCAACGUUUAUGUAUGGAAGAACUUGGUAUGUUUAAAAGUAGCGUCAAUGACCUUAUUUCAAUGAAUAGUUUCUUAAGUGCUACAGUGAAUCAAGAUAUCGCUAAAAUUUUUGCAGGUACAAAUGAUCAAUUGAAUAAACCAUCAUCAAAACAAACUGUUCUUUUCAAAAUUGAUAUUUGUAAUAUGAGUAAAGAAAUGACACCAUUUGCGUUUAUACAAAACUAUUCGUCUUGUCCAGAUGAAGAAGAAGUGCUUUUUUCGAUAGGUGCUAUUUUUAAAGUUCAAUCAGUUGAGCAACGUGCGAACAUGUGGCAUAUUCAUUUACAACUAAGUAAAGAAGAAAACGAAAUUAGUCAAAAUCUUUCGGAACACAUGAUGAAACAAAUUGGUUCAGAACCAGAUCCACUAUCAUUCGGUUGGUUUCUUUUUCGAAUGAAUAAAUUUGAUGAAGCUGAACGUUAUGCAAAAUAUAUGCUUACACAACUUCCAUCGAAGGAUAAAGCGAUUGGAAAUGCUUACAAUUUACUUGGUCUCAUGUAUAAAGCUACUCAUAAGUUAGAGGAAUCUGUUGCAUAUUAUGAAAAAGCUCUUGAGAUUUAUUCUCAAAUGAAUUGUCACGAUAGUCCGCAAAUUAUAGCUAUUCAUUGUAAUCUUGGUUUGGUUCAUUUGGAAUUAGGAGAUAGUCGAAAUGCAGAAGAACAACAAAGAGAAGCGGAAGAGAAGUUAUUCAAUUCUUCACAAUCAAAAAAUUCACUACUCAUAGCUACGGUGGAAAGUCUCAAAGCAAAAAUUGAAACAGAAUAUGGUGAUAAUAUAAAUGCUUUGAAGAAUCUUGAAUUGGUUUUAAAAAGAAAACAGGAACAAUUACCAUCAGUUCAUGCUUCAAUAGCAUCAACAAUGAAUGAAAUAGGUAAAGUUCAAGAAAAGUUAGACAACGAUGUAAAAGCACUUGAAUAUUUUCAAAAAGCAUUGGAAAUUGGUAACAUAAGCUUACCACCUGAUCAUUUGGAUUUGGUUGAUUAUCAUACGAAUAUUGGUCGUAUUUAUAACAAACAAAAACAAUUUAAACUUGCUUUAGAACAAUUUGAAUUAGCAUUAAAAAUUAUGGAAGAUUUUCCACGAGAAGAAACUGAUAGAAUUGAAAACUUAGAAAAGUAUAUAAUUGAAACAAAAAAAAAGUUACGUCGACCAUAA